AGGGAGGGAGUGCUAGACUUGCUCGUUCACAGCAGCCUCUGUUCUCUACAGGACUACAUAGAGGGUCGGCUGGCUUUGGGGGAGUGAGCGGCGGAGAUAGGGAGACAGAAAGAAAGAGCGAAAGCGUGCGUGUGCGCGUGGAUUGCACCACCGCAUCCCCUCCACACAACCUACAACCAGCCAUGCUUUGAACGACUGUCUCAAAUUUACCCGAGUUUUACGAUUUUAUGCAUAACUGCAGUAAUAGGGGGUUUUAACGCGAAGUAAAGCCGAUAUAUUUGCGCUGCCGUGAAUUCAGAAGAUACGGUGACAUCGAUUAUGGCAUUAGUAAUGGAACCUAUAAGUAAAUGGACACCCAAGCAAGUAUUAGACUGGAUGAAAGGCUUGGACGACUGCCUCCAGCAGUACAUCAAGAACUUUGAGAGGGAGAAGAUCAGCGGGGAGCAGCUCCUGCACAUCACCCACCAGGAGCUGGAGGAGCUGGGCGUCACCCGCAUCGGGCACCAGGAACUAAUCCUGGAGGCGGUGGACCUCCUGUGUGCACUGAACUACGGGCUAGAGACGGAGAAUCUACGCACGCUGUCCCACAAGCUCAAUGCUUCGGCCAAGAACCUGCAGAAUUUCAUCACGGGCCGACGCCGCGGCGGCCACUACGACGGACGGGCCUCGCGCCGCCUGCCCAACGACUUCCUUACCUCUGUGGUCGACCUCAUCGGAGCAGCCAAGAACCUGCUGGCCUGGCUGGACAGGUCCCCAUUUGUCAGUGUGACCGAGUACUCACUACUGAAAAACAACAUUGUUCAGCUGUGCCUGGAGUUAACCACUAUAGUGCAGCAGGAUUGCACUGUGUAUGAGACAGAAAACAAGAUUCUUCAUGUGUGUAAAACCUUGUCUGGAAUAUGUGACCACAUCAUCUCAUUGUCCUCUGACUCCUUGGUGUCCCAGUCUGCCCACCUGGAGGUGGUGCACCUGACCAAUGUCAUGCCCAGCGAGGGCCUGGGGAUGUACAUUAAAUCCACAUAUGAUGGGCUACACGUCAUUACCGGAACCACUGAAAAUUCUCCUGCGGACCAGUGCAAGAAGAUCCACGCCGGGGACGAGGUGAUCCAGGUCAACCACCAGACUGUGGUGGGCUGGCAGCUGAAGAACCUGGUCAAUGCUCUGCGUGAGGACCCAAAUGGUGUCAUCCUGACCCUGAAGAAGAGGCCGCAGAACACCCUGACCUCCGCCCCUGCCCUGCUCAAGAAUGUGCGCUGGAAACCUCUCGCCCUCCAGCCAAUCCCUACCAGCCCCAACAGUGAUUCCACCACCCCAACUGGCACCAUGGGCAUGUCUUCCACAAUGGACAGUUCCAACAUGCAGGAUGUCUUCAUUCUCUCACCUGUCUCAGGACACUUUGGACCCAGGGACGAAAUGGGCAUCAUGUCCUGCGAUGACAUAGGCAAGUACAGCAUGGGCAAAUCGAGCAUGAAGAGCUCCGAGUCGCCCAGCUACUACCUCGACCACGAGAGCGGCAAGUACUACACGUUCAUGGAGGGCGAGGGCGUGCACCUGGGGCCGGAGUACGACCGGGGCCGCUCCACGGGAGUCCGCAGGAGGGAGAAGACCCCCACUCAUGGUGACCUCAGGCCAGUUUCCAUGCCAACGGAGUACAGUUGGAUGACGGAAACCAAGGAGCCCAGUAUGUACAAGAGGGGCAGCAGAGACUCGGACAACUCUCUCCUGCGCUACCUGAGCGACGACAAGAUCCUAGUGAUCCAGGAGGAGCCAGAGGUGCCGCGGGAGUGCAAGCGGGACACGGGCCGGCGCUCUCGCAAGAAGGGCAAAAGCCCCAGCAGCCCCAGCUACCCCAUCAGCCCCACCCUGCUGGCUUCCACCGUCAGGCUGGACUCAGGACCCCCUGAGGGGCUGCCUUUCCCGCUGCCCGAGAGCAACACUGUGCCACUCUACCACAGAGCUGGGGACACACUGCGGGCAGAUACUGACAGAUAUGCUGGUUCUGGUCAUGACAGACAAAGCAGUACAUCCAUGAGGAAGUCCUUUCAUUAUGCCUCCUUGAGAACUAAGACCAAAAAGAGAACCAAAGGCUCUCUCACCAGCGGUAGCCGCCGGCGCAUCUCCUGCAAGGACCUGGGGCACGGCGACUGUGAAGGCUGGCUGUGGAAGAAGAAGGAUGCCAAGGGCUACUUCACCCAGAAGUGGAAGAAGUACUGGUUCAUCCUGAAGGACUCCUCGCUCUACUGGUACACCAACCAGAAUGAUGAAAAGGCUGAAGGUUUCAUCAGUCUGCCAGAGUUCAGGAUAGACAGAGCUAUCGAAUGCCGACGGAAAUUUGCCUUCAAAGCCUGCCAUCCCAAAAUAAAGAGCUUCUUCUUCGCCACCGACUGUUUGGAAGAGAUGAACAGGUGGAUGAACCGGCUUGGACUGGCUGCCAUUGGAUACACACCUGAUGAUAAGGUGCCUCGCCCUGAUGAAGAUUACUGGAGUGAAAGUGAUCAGGAUGACAUUGAUGGCUCUAUGACCCUGAAGCAAGAGGGCCCCUCUUCAAUGUGUGACAUCUACCAUCGCACCCCAUCGGUCAACUCCUCCAGCCCCUUCCCUGAGAGCAAGCAGGGGCGCCACUUCUCCAGCGAGUCCACGUACUCGCAUUCGUCAGCAGAGGACUCGCGGCCGGACGCCCCGGGCAGCGGCCACUCGUCGGGCUGCCGCUCCACGCACCGCGAGCGCCGCUCCUGGCAGGACCUGAUCGAGACGCCCCUCACCAGCUCCGGCCUGCACUUCCUGCAGACGGUGCCCGCCGAGGGCGACUGUGGCGGCGGCUACGGGGGCGUGAUGGGGGGCGGGCGGCUGGCCAUGUCGCCUGACCGCUGGCGCCAGGCCACGCUGCCGGUGCAGAGGAGGCACCACCUGGACCGCGACGGGCCCUUCCCGCUGGUGGAGAGCGAGGAGCGCGGGCUCCACCUCCACCACCGCGCCCACAAGCAGCGCAGCCAGAGCCUGCCCCGCAACCGCGAGGUACGCGCUGCCAAGGGCAGCUUCCACCCCAUUGGGCUGUCCGAGGAGCGCAGCGAGGACGACGAGGUGCCCUUCCGGAAGUACGGAGGCCCUGGCAAAGGGGAAUCCCGCUGUGAGGACAGCGAAAUGGGCGGUUUGGAUGGCCUGCAGGAGCUGUACCGCACUCUGGAGCAGGCCAGUCUGUCGGCCUUUGGCGAGCUCCGCCCCUCCACCAAGCAGGAGUACCGCCGCUCCUUCAUCAAGCGCUGCAACAACCCUGUCAUCAACGAGCAGCUGCACCGCGUCCGCGCCCUGCGCAGCACGCUCAAGGCCAAAGAGAGUGAACUGGCCCUCAUCAAUCAAGUGCUGGAAGACCCCAACCUGACCUCCAAGAAGUUCCGUGAGUGGAAACAGCGCCACCACGAGCUCUUCAUGGACAUCUGCGAGUUCAGCUCGGGAGACACCGGAGCCGCAGAACUCUCGCCCUUGCUCACGCCCCUCAUGUCACACACCCACUCCUUCAUCGAGACACAUGUGUGAGACACAGAGACGCAGGGAGGGGUCAGGGAGGUGGCAGAAGUGACACGGAGUCACACCACACUGGUACACCCCCCCCCCCCCCAACCAAUCACCCCACUGUCUAUUUCUCCCUCACAACAAACUGACUG